ACUAACAAGUGGUUGCUUUUUUCAUGCAUAAUAUUCGACCGAGGAAACGGGAAAUUCGGUUCAUUCCCAUUACCGUUCAUGCCUGUAAGCUGUGACUCAUAGGCAGAACGCUUGCCUUCUGCGUAGUUUGAGUCCAUUUCUUUCUUCUGAGAGUCAAGCCAGAGCGUGUCAAUGACUGAAAAAAAUUCUCAGUGUCUUAUAUUAUGCGAAGCAACGUCGUAAUUGCCGUCGUACUCCUUUACUUGGUCAGCGCUACCUAUUAAAGUCUCCGUUAUCAAUCUACACAGACGAGGUUCAAGCAAGCGUAACGUGUUAUGUCUGUGUACACAAUCAAAGGACCUGUGCGGAUCAAUUGAAGUUGAGUCGAUGAACGAAGUGCAGUUAUUUGUCGUCACUCCAGAAACGGACAGUCAAAAUGCCGGAGAAACAAGAUGACACGAGUGUUCGAGUGGCUGUUCGGAUUCGUCCGCAGCUAGCGAGAGAGAAGAUUGAUGCAUGCCGGGUUUGUACAGCGGUUAGCCCAGAUGAGCCUCAGAUCAUCUUGGGUCCAGAUCGGAUGUUCACCUAUGAUAAUGUGUUUGAUAUGGACAGCCAACAAGACAGCCUCUAUCAAAAGACCGUCCAUGAUUUGAUUGAAGGGUGUUUUGAGGGCUACAAUGCUACUGUCUUUGCCUAUGGCCAGACCGGAUCAGGGAAGACGUACAGCAUGGGGACUGGUUUUGAGCCUGGACUGAAGGAGGACCAGAAGGGGAUCAUACCUCGAGCGGUCCGUCACCUCUUCACCGGGAUCGAGGAGAGACGGAGAAGUGCCACAGAGAGAAGCGAGCCACCACCGGAGUUCAAGAUCUACGCUGAAUUCAUGGAGUUGUACAACGAGGAGGUCCUGGACUUGUUUGAUACAACGAGGGAUAUGGAAUCAAGCAGGCAUAAGAAAUCUCACAUAAAGAUCCAUGAAGAUGCCGGGGGCGGGAUCUACGUGGUCGGUGUGACAACCAGGACCGUCACAUCAGAGCCAGAGACUUUACAAGCGUUACAGGGCGGUGCCUUGUCCAGAACAACGGCGAGCACCAAGAUGAACUCUCAGAGUUCCAGAUCCCACGCCAUCUUCACUUUACACAUCAAACAGCAGAGACUCAUCAAAGUGACAACGGAAAUUGAAGGUGAAGGAGAGAAGGAGGCGGAGAAAGCUGAAGGCGACGGAAUGAACGAGUUUGAAAUGCUGACUGCUAAAUUCCAUUUUGUUGAUCUGGCUGGCUCAGAGAGGUUGAAGAGAACUGGCGCUACGGGAGACAGAGCAAAGGAAGGCAUAUCAAUUAACUGUGGACUGCUUGCUCUUGGUAAUGUGAUUAGCGCCCUUGGUGACCCAACCAAGAGAUCAUCUCAUGUUCCGUACAGAGAUUCUAAACUGACCAGGCUUCUACAGGACUCACUGGGAGGAAACAGUCGUACAUUGAUGAUAGCUUGUGUGAGUCCUUCAGAUCAGGACUUUAUGGAGACGUUGAACACUCUGAGGUACGCCAACCGAGCCAGGAACAUCAAGAACGCGGUCAUAGCUAACCAGGACAAGACUAGUCGUCAGCUGGCUCUACUCAGAACAGAGAUCAAACGACUUCAAGAUGAACUCAAUGAAUAUAAACAGGGUAAGAGGUCAGUGAACUCUGAGGGAGUGGAAGAGAUCAACGACCUUUUCCAUGAGAACACGUUGCUCCAGAUGGAGAACGGUAACCUUCGUCUGCGCAUCAAGGCCCUCCAGGAGACUAUCGAUGGCCUUACUGCAAGGGUAGCACUUCUGGUAGCAGAGCAAGCAAGAUAUGGCAUGUCCGCCUCAACAGAUCGGUCUUGCUACACUAUGCCUGCAGACCUAGGUGGUACUGAUGGUGAUGAUGAAACCAUGACGAUGAUGACAGGAUAUAUCAAGGAGGUAGAAGAGUUGAGAGCCAAGUUGGUUGAGAGUGAGAGCAUGAACUCAGCCUUGAGGAGGAAGAACGUUGAUUCACCUGUCAGGGUCAAUUCCAGAGCCUCGAUGAUGAAUCCAUCCCACGGAGCUCUUAGACCAAGCUCUGCAAUAUUCACCGCACCCAUCUUUGAGAAUGAGCAUUACGGUGAUGAGGGCGUGAGGGUAGCCUCUGUGCUCUCUGAUGCUAAGAAGCAGGUAGAGGCUGAUCAGGAGAAGAUACGACAGGUGGAAAAGAGGAGAGAUUCACACGGAGGCAGUGAGAAGGACAUGGAGUCGUGUGAGGAGGUGACGGACGAGAGCCAUGAAUCUGUGCAAGACCACGAGACGGAGGGAACGAAAGAGGAGCGGGGAGAAGAGGAUGAAGAGGAGAAGGAAGAAGAGGAUGCUGAUGAUGAAGAUGAUGAUGAUAAGGACUCCAGUAGUAGCAGUGAUUCAGAAUCAGACGAAGAAGAGAAUGCUCAGCUGCAGGAGAAUCUAGCUGAGCUAGCGUGUGAGAUCACCAUCAAACAGAGACUCAUUGAGGAGCUUGAGCAUAGUCAGAAGAGACUCCACACUAUGAAGAUGCAAUACGAAGAGAAGCUAGGCUCUCUACUCGAUAAGAUCAAAGAGACAGAGAGCGAGAGAGAUAAGGUCUUAGAUAAUCUGGGUAAGUUUAUGAUGCUUGAAAGAGAGAGAGAGACGGAGAGAGAGAGACAGAGACAGAGACAGAGAGAGAGAGAGCAUAGUCAGAAGAGACUCCACACUAUGAAGAUGCAAUACGAAGAGAAGCUAGGCUCUCUACUCGAUAAGAUCAAAGAGACAGAGAGCGAGAGAGAUAAGGUCUUAGAUAAUCUGGGUAAGUUUAUGAUGCUUGAAAGAGAGAGAGAGACGGAGAGAGAGAGACAGAGACAGAGACAGAGAGAGAGAGAGCAUAGUCAGAAGAGACUCCACACAAUGAAGAUGCAAUACGAAGAGAAGCUAGGCUCUCUACUCGAUAAGAUCAAAGAGACAGAGAGCGAGAGAGAUAAGGUCUUAGAUAAUCUGGGUAAGUUUAUGAUGCUUGAAAGAGAGAGAGAGACGGAGAGAGAGAGACAGAGACAGAGACAGAGAGAGAGAGAGCAUAGUCAGAAGAGACUCCACACAAUGAAGAUGCAAUACGAAGAGAAGCUAGGCUCUCUACUCGAUAAGAUCAAAGAGACAGAGAGCGAGAGAGAUAAGGUCUUAGAUAAUCUGGGUAAGUUUAUGAUGCUUGAAAGAGAGAGAGAGACGGAGAGAGAGAGACAGAGACAGAGACAGAGAGAGAGAGAGCAUAGUCAGAAGAGACUCCACACUAUGAAGAUGCAAUACGAAGAGAAGCUAGGCUCUCUACUCGAUAAGAUCAAAGAGACAGAGAGCGAGAGAGAUAAGGUCUUAGAUAAUCUGGGUAAGUUUAUGAUGCUUGAAAGAGAGAGAGAGACGGAGAGAGAGAGACAGAGACAGAGACAGAGAGAGAGAGAGCAUAGUCAGAAGAGACUCCACACUAUGAAGAUGCAAUACGAAGAGAAGCUAGGCUCUCUACUCGAUAAGAUCAAAGAGACAGAGAGCGAGAGAGAUAAGGUCUUAGAUAAUCUGGGUAAGUUUAUGAUGCUUGAAAGAGAGAGAGAGACGGAGAGAGAGAGACAGAGACAGAGACAGAGAGAGAGAGAGCAUAGUCAGAAGAGACUCCACACUAUGAAGAUGCAAUACGAAGAGAAGCUAGGCUCUCUACUCGAUAAGAUCAAAGAGACAGAGAGCGAGAGAGAUAAGGUCUUAGAUAAUCUGGGUAAGUUUAUGAUGCUUGAAAGAGAGAGAGAGACGGAGAGAGAGAGACAGAGACAGAGACAGAGAGAGAGAGAGCAUAGUCAGAAGAGACUCCACACAAUGAAGAUGCAAUACGAAGAGAAGCUAGGCUCUCUACUCGAUAAGAUCAAAGAGACAGAGAGCGAGAGAGAUAAGGUCUUAGAUAAUCUGGGUAAGUUUAUGAUGCUUGAAAGAGAGAGAGAGACGGAGAGAGAGAGACAGAGACAGAGACAGAGAGAGAGAGAGCAUAGUCAGAAGAGACUCCACACAAUGAAGAUGCAAUACGAAGAGAAGCUAGGCUCUCUACUCGAUAAGAUCAAAGAGACAGAGAGCGAGAGAGAUAAGGUCUUAGAUAAUCUGGGUAAGUUUAUGAUGCUUGAAAGAGAGAGAGAGACGGAGAGAGAGAGACAGAGACAGAGACAGAGAGAGAGAGAGCAUAGUCAGAAGAGACUCCACACAAUGAAGAUGCAAUACGAAGAGAAGCUAGGCUCUCUACUCGAUAAGAUCAAAGAGACAGAGAGCGAGAGAGAUAAGGUCUUAGAUAAUCUGGGUAAGUUUAUGAUGCUUGAAAGAGAGAGAGAGACGGAGAGAGAGAGACAGAGACAGAGACAGAGAGAGAGAGAGCAUAGUCAGAAGAGACUCCACACAAUGAAGAUGCAAUACGAAGAGAAGCUAGGCUCUCUACUCGAUAAGAUCAAAGAGACAGAGAGCGAGAGAGAUAAGGUCUUAGAUAAUCUGGGAUCAAUGGCUGAAUCAAGAACGAAGGACAAAGCUGAGAAGAUCCGUAAGGAAUUCGAGAUCAAGCUCAAGAAACUUUCAGAGGAGAAAGACAGACUCACCAAAGUGCAGAAGGAACACAACAAGAUCUUAAAGAGCAAGUCACAGUUUGAGAGACAGAUGAAAGGACUGAAAGAUGAGGUCUUUAAAAUGAAAGAAACUAAGGUGAAGCUGAUGAAACAGAUUAGAGAGGAGCAGCAGAAAGGUAGAAACAAAGAUCAACUCUCAAGCAGAGAGAUACAGAGACUAAAGAAGGAAUCAAGGAAGAAAGAAACUCAGAUUAAAACUCUUGAAGCAUCGGCUAAACAAAGAGAACUGAUACUCAAGAGAAAACAUGAACAGCUUGAAAUGCUACGCAAGAAUCAGAAGCCGAUGUCGGACAAGGUCGCAGGUCGACUGUCCAGACCGGUCAAGAAGCCCUCUACGGCCCCCUCUACGGCCCCGGCAGAGACCGGUCAAAGGGUACUGAGUAGGAGAGGCAAGGCAAAGGUAGACACUGGUCGACCUUCGAAGCAUGAGAGGAAAGGAACAAGUGAAUAUUCAUCCAAGACGGCCAGACAGAAAUGGAAUAAGAUGGAAAGGAAGAUCACGGACAUCAUCGCUAGACGGCAGACCAUCUCCUACAUGGAGAGAGACAUGGAGCGGUUCAUCCAUCACAGGCACAAACUGAGUAAGAAGGUUGAGAAGUACCUGACCAAACGAGACGAAGCCCUGAAGGCAGGCAACAAGGAUCCCAGUGUGCAGAAGGACUUGGAUGAACAGAUAGACGGGCUGAAUGACAACAUGGAGUACGUCCAGGAACAGAUCACAGAAUGUCAGAGCGGUAUCAUGGAGGUUAUGGAGGGAAAGGAGGAGAUAGAUGCUGUUGAUGCUGCUGCAGUAAUUGAACAAUGCUCCUUGAGAGAGGCUAAAUACAUGCUGGAGCAUUUCAUCAACUUGGCGAUUAACAAGGGGCUGAGUGCUGCGCAGAAGGAAUCUCAAGUCAAAGAGCUUGAAGCCAAGCUACAUCAAGAAGAACAGAACAGCUUUGUUCAACAGACAUUGCUUCAACACAUGAUGAAAGAAAGAGAAGGGGAAGACUUAGACCUAGAUGGUCUCUUCAGUAAUCCUAACCUAGAUAGCGAGAGCAGCAGCAACAGCUCAAGGGCUCCCUCUCCAGUUGAUAUUAGUGCCUUGAAUGCAUUAGCAGUGAAUGUGCCUGAUCACACCACACUACCACACAUAGGACCAGCAAACUCUGUCUCAGCUAUUCCCAUACCCAGUCAGACCAAGGCUAAAGACAAGAUGAUCCUCAUUUCCCACCAGGCGCGAAGACGGACAGCUACAUCUGAAGAGCUCCUAGGAUUCAAGGGCACUGCGGACUUCACUCCCGACCCUGCUGUAGGUGUGGUCAUCGAGUCUGAUGAAACAUCAUCCUCAACGGAUACAGCCUCGGUAGACUCAUCUCUGGUGUUUCCUUCAAGUCAUAUACCAAUUAGAAAAGAUGGAAGACUUGAGAAACUUUCGCCUGCUCUUCGAAGAAAGAAUAUAACACAGCUACAGGCCCUCUCUAACCCCAGCUCUGUGGACCAUACCCCAGACCACACCCCUCCUGGUUCUCCCCCUCCUUCUAGAACUGGUAAUGUCUUCUCAAGAUUGGCUCAAACUAAUUCCCCAGCACAGUCUCAAAAGGACAGGGGUUCCAUCAUUCCUGUGAUCAACAAACCAACGACACCCCGAGCCCCCCUGGUGUGUUCAUACACCGCUGAAGGUCAUAGUAAAGCAGUCUUAUCGGUCCAGGCCACAGAAGAACUGCUCUUUAGUGGAUCAAAAGACCGGAGUGUGAAAAUCUGGAAGUUGGACACCGGGAAGGAGAUAGCUACACUUGCCGGACAUACAAACAAUGUUGGAGUAGUGAGAUACUGUGAGAAGCUCAAGUUGGUGUUCAGUGUCUCUACUGCGUUUAUACGAAUCUGGGACAUCAGAGAUACACAAAAAUGUGUUACAACCCUUAGUUCUUCUGGCAUGCAACUUGAUAAGACAGCUGGAAGCAGUUCAUCAAGGACAGUAACUCUACCUCAGGGUGAAACACAGAUCAAUGACAUCGCUAUCAACGAGAGUGGGACCAGGCUCUACUCUGCCGCAGGGAAUAUUGUGAGAGUCUGGGACCUUAGCAGCUUUCAGUCUAUGUGUAAGUUGUUUGGAGGACCCUCAGCAGCAGUCAUGUGUCUGGAUGUCAAGACUACACCUCAGUUUGACCAAGUCUUUGCUGGUUCGAAAGAUCACUAUGUAAAGAUGUUUGAGGUAGAGCCAGGUGCUUCUGGUUGCCUGACCUCGUCUUUCAACUUUGACCCCCCUCAUUACGAUGGUAUCCAGUCCAUGGCAAUCAGGGGGAAUUCCCUCUUCAGCGGGUCCAGAGAUGCUUGCAUUAAAAAGUGGGACUUGGACCAGAAACAGCUGUCAAAGGCAAUGUCAAACGCUCAUAAAGACUGGAUCUGUGCCUUGGACUUCUUACCUAGCUACAACUGUCUGUUGAGCGGUUGUAGAGGGGGCUAUUUGAAGCUGUGGAACAUCGACACCUGUACACCUGUCGGCGAGAUGAAAGCUCAUACCAGCCCUAUCAACUCCAUAGCAACAAACUCCACCCAUGUCUUCACAGCAUCUAGUGAUGAGAUCAAGUUGUGGCGCAAGUCUGAAAGCACCAGACUCCCAAGUUUAUAGCACGAUGAGCGGUUUAUAGAAUGGUUUUACUAAUGCAAUCUGCACACACUGGUGACAGGACUGUGAGCGUGUGGAAGAAAAACGGGGAAGCAGAUCGGACAUGACCUCGUGACCUCUCGAGCAACCUCUGACAUGAUGAUGACCUCAAAGGAGAGAUAAGGUAAUCUGCAAUAUAUCGUUUACAAGGCAGAUGCUGAUAACCUAUACAGCAUGUUCGCGUUCAACAGAGACAUUGAUGACAACACAUACCCUUUCACAGGACAGUGUCUUGCUUUACUGGUUGGAACCGGAUUCCACCAGUUUCCACCAGCUUUUACCAGUUAGCACCGGUUCACAGUGGUUUAAAUAUUUGUGCAUAUAUGAAGAAUGUAGAGGUGUUGGAAUUCAUGCAAUCCUGUACGUGUCUGUACAUGUAUAGGCCACUUGUGGAAUACAGGUCAAGUAAUCUUUAAAACCAAGUGACUUUUCUGAACUGUUAAAAUCACUUGCAAAUUUAUGAACAUAAAUAUCACCGGUAUGCUACAAGUACAUGUGUGUGAUAUUUCUCACCAAUCGUGGAUUUCAAAUUAGCCAUUUGGGGAUAAAGGUCAAGAAGCAAGUUAUCCCAGGUCAACCAUGCUGUGCCAUUGAUUGGGAGAGUUUGGCCAACCUGAUUCAAGAUGGGCACAGUAUGGCAAAGACUGCUUUGUUGGACAAGCACAGCUAGAUCAAUAUAUGCCAUGUUGUAAUCAACUAUAAAAACCAAGUUGGCCAAACUCUGUGUAAAGAUGACUCCGAUCAUUGAACUAGACACUACGGUGUGAAGAGUACAGUGGCUCGGAAGUCGACACAUAACCAGCGCCCUCUAUCGUUGUAGAUGAAUAUCUAAUUUCGUUUUCUGGGAGUGCAAGCAUUGUCGUAUCAUUCCGCAAAAUAUAAAGAAAUCAUGCAAACUGUGAAAAUAUUGGAGAGUGUAUUAAAUGCAUGCUGUAGACAGAGUUUAUAUUUAUUUUGUAUGUUUAUAUGUAUUUAUGUUUGUGCACAUAAAACUGCUGGACAAUGGAAAGGACAAAUGUGUUUAAAAGAGAAAUAUAAUUGCAUUGAAAGUUGAUAAUCUGUACAGUCAAAAAAGAACAUUUGAAGAUUAUAAAUGUUUGAAUUUGAAUUGAAUUGAAUUUGAUAAUUCAUUCCUUUAAACAAAUACAGCUCAUUAAUGUGUUUGUAAGUACAAUAUUUCUUGUGCUGAAAUGAAAGAAACCAGUCUGUAUUAUUUAUGUUCAUAAAAAUAAUGUUACACCUCACAAUGAGAAAAGUAAGGUCCAAAAAGUGAUCAUCAAAGAUCAUUAGCUGCUCAGCCUUUUUGAAAACACAGGUUUACCUGUCUAUCGAUGUUCAAACAUACAUGUAUUCUGCACAAUUUAUUAUAUUGAAUGAAUAGACUUAAUGUGUAUAUGCCUUGGUUUGUGUACAUUGUCAAUGAUGCAUGCUAGCUAUUGAAUGAUGAAGUUAUAAGAUGAAUUAAAAGUCUAUAACAUAUAUGUAUGUAUAUGCCAUUAUCCCAUUGAAGAUAUUGUGUGACAUUUAAUGACAGAGAACUUUAUUGAGCUUUAAGCUAAUUCCAAAAUUAUUUUUGCAGGUAGAGAAAUGUAGCUAUAUGAUUGAGUUUGACUGUAAAUGUUUGUUUGUAUAUGAUUUAUUUUAUUAACCUGUAUAAGGACCACGCAAGGGCGAUGAUGAUAGCCGUCUGUAAAGUCAGGUGGUCUUUAUAGGCAUGGGUCUUUAUAGGCAGGGGGUCUUUCUAUACAGGUGGUCGCUAAAUCAGGUUUCACUGUAUAUGAAUUCAUUGGAGAGAGUGUAUUUUAACAUGCAAUAUCACCGUAAUAUUUGAAGCUCAUAUUUUGAAUGUAGUAUAGCGACAUAGAAAAUAGUAUGUGGUGUUUGAUACACUUUCAAAUGACCAAUCACCAAAAUAUCUUUUGUUACGUAUCUUAUAAGUUUAAUAUGGCAAUAUUUUAUUCAAGAUGUGAGCUUCAAAUAUUACUUCUGAAAAGACAUUUUUUUCAGGUUGAUUUUGUACAUUGUAGCUUUACCCAAAUUCUUUAUGUGUGGCGGU